UUGCUUCCCCUCUUUUUUUCCUUUUCUUUCUUUUUUUUUCUUCUUUGCUCUUCUUUAUUAGUCUUUUCCUCCUUCCUUUACGUUCUCUUUAUUUUCCUUCCUAUACUGUUGCUUCCCCUCUUUUCUUCCCCUUUCUUUCUUUUUUCUUCUUUGCUCUUCUCUAUUAGUCUUUUCCUCUUUCCUUUACGUUCUCUUUAUUUUCCUUCCUAUACUGUUGCUUCCCCUCUUUUCUUACCCUUUCUUUCUUUUUUUUCUUCUUUGCUCUUCUCUAUUAGUCAUUUCCUCUUUCUUUUACAUUCUCUUCAUUCUCCUUCCUAUACUGUUGCUUCCUCUCUUUUCUUACUCUUUUUCAUUCUUUUUUCUUCUUUUUCUUUCUUCCUGCUCCUAGUCACGAUUACUUUUUUCCGCUCACCUUUUUCUUCUUUUGCACCCCCUCCGCCACCAGCAACCCAAUAUCGAUCUUUCUCCCUCCCCUUCUCCACAUCUUUUUCCUCCAUCCAAAUCGUUAUCAGUUCCUUCUACCUCCAGUUAUCAAUUUUAAGCCGGAAUAACCCACUCCAACCCUUUUCUUAUUUUCCUGCUGAUCACAGCCGACCGCCCCUACUACGACUCCCCUCCCAUGAAUGGCUACCCAUACAUUUCCAACACUCCGACCAUUCUAACGGUACUCCAUUCUUAUCUCCACAAGUACCUCCACCAACACCCUCCCUCAUCGAACCUGUCUCCUUCUUCCCGCUAGAUCUUCCUGAAACCCUCACGCCUAUUUUCAUUCUCUCCUCCUCCACCACUAUCUAUUUACGCCCCCCCCACCAUCCUCAUUCAGCCAACCUUCCUUGGCUCCACGAAAUGGCUGCAGUCUCAAGGAAUUACUUCUCUCUUUGGCUUUUUCAUUUCAUUUUUCUCUCUUUCUUUCUUUCUUUCUUUCUUUCUUUCUUUCUUUCUUUCUUUCUUUUUCGCUGUCAAUUUCUUUCGCUCUAUAUUUCUCUUUCUUUUUCUCACUCAUUUACUCUCUCUUUUUCUUUCUUUCUUUCUUUCUUUCUUUCUUUCUUUCUUUCUAUUUAUUUUAUCUCUUUAUCUUUCUCUCUUUUUUCUUUUGUCUUUAUUUCUCCCUUUCUUUCUGUCAUCCAUUCUUUCACUCUCUCUCUUUUUCUUUAUCUGCCUCUUUUUCUUUUUCUCCCUCUUUAUCUUGUUCUCUCUCUAUCUUUCUCACUAACUCUCUCUUUACUUCUCUUUCACUUUUUCUCAUUCUUUCUUUCUCUCUCGUUCUCUCUCUCUCUGUUUUUCUCUCUCAUUUCCCCUUCUCUUUCUUUCUUUCUUUCUUUCUUUCUUUCUUUCUUUCUUUUCUUUCUUUACCGUUUUCGGUUCAUCUUUUCUCUUAUCUGUCUUUUCUUUUCUCUGUCUUUUCUUCUCUCUGUCUUUUCUUUUCUCUGUCUUUGUUUUUCUCUGUCUUUGCUUUUCUCUGUCUCUUCUUCUCUCUGUCUUUGCUUUUCUCUGUCUUUUCCUCUCCUUGUCUUUUCCUCCCCCUGUCUUUUCUUCUCUCUCUCUUUUCUUCUUUCGGUCUUUUCUUCUCUCUGUCUUUUCUUUUCUCUGUCUUUUCCUCUCCUUGUCUUUUCCUCCCCCUGUCAUUUCUUCUCUCUGUCUUUUCUUUUCUCUGUCAUUUCUUCUCUCUGUCUUUUCUUUUCUCUGUCUUUUUUUUUCUCUGUCUUUUCUUUUCUCUGUCUUUUCCUCCCCCUGUCUUUUCUUCUCUCUGUCUUUUCUUUUCUCUGUCUUUUCCUCUCCUUGUCUUUUCCUCCCCCUGACUUUUCUUCUCUCUGUCUUUUCUUUUCUCUGUCUUUUCCUCUCCUUGUCUUUUCCUCCCCCUGUCUUUUCUUCUCUCUGUCUUUUCUUUUCUCUGUCUUUUUCUUCUCUCUGUCUUUUUCAUUUCUGUCUUUUUUUUUCUCUGUCUUUUCUUUUCUCUGUCUUUUCCUCCCCCUGUCUUUUCUUCUCUCUGUCUUUUCUUUUCUCUGUCUUUUCCUCUCCUUGUCUUUUCCUCCCCCUGUCUUUUCUUCUCUCUGUCUUUUCUUUUCUCUGUCAUUUCUUCUCUCUGUCUUUUCUUUUCUCUGUCUUUUUUUUUCUCUGUCUUUUCUUUUCUCUGUCUUUUCCUCCCCCUGUCUUUUCUUCUCUCUGUCUUUUCUUUUCUCUGUCUUUUCCUCUCCUUGUCUUUUCCUCCCCCUGUCAUUUCUUCUCUCUGUCUUUUCUUUUCUCUGUCUUUUCCUCUCCUUGUCUUUUCCUCCCCCUGUCUUUUCUUCUCUCUGUCUUUGCUUUUCCCUGUCUUUUCUUCUCUCUGUCUUUUCUUUUCUCUGUCAUUUCUUCUCUCUGUCUUUUCUUUUCUCUGUCUUUUCUUUUCUCUGUCUUUUCCUCCCCCUGUCUUUUCUUCUCUCUGUCUUUUCUUUUCUCUGUCUUUUCCUCUCCUUGUCUUUUCCUCCCCCUGACUUUUCUUCUCUCUGUCUUUUCUUUUCUCUGUCUUUUCCUCUCCUUGUCUUUUCCUCCCCCUGUCUUUUCUUCUCUCUGUCUUUUUUUUCUCUGUCAUUUCUUCUCUCUGUCUUUUCAUUUCUCUGUCUUUUUUUUUCUCUGUUUUUUCUUUUCUCUGUCUUUUCCUCCCCCUGUCUUUUCUUCUCUCUGUCUUUUCUUUUCUCUGUCUUUUUCCUCUCCUUGUCUUUUCCUCCCCUGUCUUUUCUUCUCUCUGUCUUUUCUUUUCUCUGUCAUUUCUUCUCUCUGUCUUUUCUUUUCUCUGUCUUUUUUUUUUCUCUGUCUUUUCUUUUCUCUGUCUUUUCCUCCCCCUGUCUUUUCUUCUCUCUGUCUUUUCUUUUCUCUGUCUUUUCCUCUCCUUGUCUUUUCCUCCCCCUGUCAUUUCUUCUCUCUGCCUUUCUUUUCUCUGUCUUUUCCUCUCCUUGUCUUUUCCUCCCCUGUCUUUUCUUCUCUGUCUUUUCUUUUCUUUGUCUUUUCUUCUCUCUAUCUUUUCUUUUUCUCUGUCUUUUUCUCUCUGUCUUUUUCUUUUCUCUGUCUUUUCCUCCUUGUCUUUUCCUCCCCUGUCUUUUCUUCUUUCUUCUUUUCUUUCUUUUUCUCUGUCAUUUCUUCUCUCUGUCUUUUCUUUUCUCUGUCUUUUCCUCUCCUUGUCUUUUCCUCCCCCUGUCUUUUCUUCUCUCUGUCUUUUCUUUUCUCAGUCUUCUUUUUUUUCUCUGUCUUUCUUUUUUCUCUGUCUUUUUCCUUUCUUGUCUUUUUUCCUCCCCCCUGUUUUUUUCUUCUCUCUGUCUUUUAUUUUCUCUGUCUUUUUCCUCUCCUUGUCUUUUUCCUCCCCCUGUCUUUUCUUCUCUCUGUCUUUUUUUCUCUGUCAUUUCUUCUCUCUGUCUUUUCUUUUUCUCUGUCUUUUUUUUUUCUCUGUCUUUUUCUUUUCUCUGUCUUUUCCUCCCCCUGUCUUUUUCUUCUCUCUGUCUUUUCUUUUCUCUGUCUUUUCCCUCUCUUUUCUGUCUUUUCUUCUCUCUGCUUUUCUUUUCUCUGUCUUUUCUUUCUCUGUCAUUUCUUUUCUCUCUGUCUUUUUUUUCUCUGUCUUUUUUUCUCUGUCUUUUCUUUUCUCUGUCUUUUCCUCCCCCUGUGUCUUUUCUUCUCUCUGUCUUUUCUUUUCUCUGUCUUUUCCUCUCCUUGUCUUUUCCUCCCCCUGUCUUUUCUUCUCUCUGUCUUUUCUUCUCUCUGUCUUUUCUUCUCUCUGUCUUUUCUUUUCUCUGUCUUUUCUUUUCUCUGUCUUUUCUUUUCUCUGUCUUUUCCUCCCCCUGUCUUUUCUUCUCUCUGUCUUUUCUUUUCUCUGUCUUUUCCUCUCCUUGUCUUUUCCUCCCCCUGUCUUUUCUUCUCUCUGUCUUUGCUUUUCCCUUUCUUUUCUUUUCUCUGUCUUUUUUUUUCUCUGUCUUUUCUUUUCUCUGUCUUUUCCUCCCCUCUGUCUUUUCUUCUCUCUGUCUUUUCUUUUCUCUGUCUUUUUUCCUCUUCUUGUCUUUUUCCUCCCCUGUCUUUUCUUCUCUCUGUCUUUUCUUUUCUCUGUCAUUUCUUCUCUGUCUUUUUUCUUUUCUCUGUCUUUUUUUUCUCUGUCUCUUUUCUUUUCUCUGUCUUUUCUUCCCCUGUCUUUUCUUCUCUCUGUCUUUUCUCUCUGUCUUAAAAUCUCCCUGUCUUUUUCUCUCCAUCCAGUCAUUUCUUUUCUUGUCUUUUCUUUUCUCUGUCUUUUCUUUUCUCUGUCCAGUUUUUCUUUUUUCUUUUCUGCCUCCCAAAAAAUUCUUUUUCUCUGUCUUUUCUUUUCUCUGUCUUUUUUUCUCCUUGUCUUUUCCUUUCUGUCUUUUCUUUCUCUGUCUUUUCAUCCAGUUCUCUCUGUUUUUUUUUCAGUCUUUUUUCUUCUUUCCCUCUGUCUUUUCUUCUCUCUGUCUUCUUUUUCUUUUCUUUGACUCUUUUCUUCAUAAUCCCUUUCUUUUCUUCCUCUCCACAAUCUUUUCUUUUCUCUGUCUUUUCUUUCUCUCUGUCAUUUUUUUCUCUGUCUUUUUUUCUCUCUGUCUUUUCUUUUCUCUGUCUAUUUUCUCUCUGUCUUUUUCUUUUCUGCUGUCUUUUCACAAUCCUUUUUCUCCUGUCUUUUCUCUUCUCUGUCUUUUCCUCCCCCUGUCUUUUCUUCUCUCUGUCUUUUCUUUUCUCUUUCAAUUUUUCACAAACCCUUUUCUCUCUCUGCCAUCCAGUAAAAUCACAAACCCUUUCUUCUCUCUGCCAUCCUUUUCACUCUCUUUUUUCUCUCUGCCAUCUGUCUUUUCUUCUCUCUUUUCCAGUAAAAUCUGUCUGUUUUCCUCUUUCUUUUCUCUGCCAUCCUGUAAAAUUUUUUUCUUCUCUGCCAUCCUAAAAUCCAAUCCUUCUUUUCUUCUCUCUGCCAUCUUUAAAAUCAUUUCAAAACCUUCUUUUCUUUCUCUGUCUUUUUUUCUCUGCCAUUUUCUUUUUCUUUCUCUGCCAUCCAGUAAAAUCUUUUCUUCUUUCUUUCUUUUUCUUUUCUUCUCUGCCAUCCAUAAAAUCACAAACUCUUUUCUUCUCUCUGCCAUUUUUUCUCUGUGUUUUUUCUCUGCCAUCCAGUUUUCUUUUCUUUCUCUGCCAUCCAGUAAAAUCACAAUCCUUUUCUUUCUCUGCCAUCCAGUAAAAUCUUUUCUCUGUUUUUUCUCUCUGCCAUCUUUUAAAAUCACAAUCCCUUUUCUUCUCUCUGCCAUCCAUCUUUUCACAAUCUCUUUUUUUCUCUGCCAUCCAGUAAAAUUCCUCCUUUUCUUUUCUCUGCCAUCCAUAAAAUCACAAACUGUUUUCUUCUCUCUGCCAUCUUUUAAAAUCACAAUUUUUUCUCUCUGCCAUCCAGUAAAAUCACAAACCUUUUCUUCUCUCUGCCAUCCAGUAAAAUUUCUCCUUUUUUCUCUGCCAUCCAGUAAAAUCUCUCUCCUUUUUUUCUCUCCAUCCAUAAAAUGUUUUUUCCUUUUUCUUUUUCUCUGCCAUUUUAAAAUCACAAUCCUUUUUUCUCUGCCAUCUCUCACCUCGUUUUCUUCUCUUUUCUUUUCCUUGUCUUUUCUCUGCCAUCCAGUAAAAUCACUGUCUUUUUCUUCUGCCAUCCUGUCUUUUUCUUCUCUCUGCCAUUUUCUUUUCUUUCUCUGCCAUCCAGUAAAAUCUUUUCUCUGUCUUUUUUCUUUCUCUGCCAUCCAUAAAAUCACAAUCCCUUUUUUUCUCUCUGCCAUCCAGUUUUGCCAUCCAGUAAAAUCAUCAACCUUUUCUUCUCUCUGCCAUCCAGUAAAAUCACUCUGUUUUUUCUUCUUUCUCUCUCCAAAAAAAACCUUUUUAUUUUCAGUAAAAUGUCUUUUCUUCUCUCUGCCAUCCAGUAAAAUCACAAUCCUUUUCUUUUGCCUCUCAGUCUUUUCACAAUCCUUUUUUUUUCUCUCAUUCAUAAAAUCACAACUUUUUUUUUCUUCUCUGCCAUCAAGUAAAAUCACAAUCCCUUUUUUUCUCUUUUUCCCAUCCAUAAAAUCACAAUCCCUUUUCUUCUCUCUGCCAUCCAGUAAAAUCACAAACCCUUUUCUUCUUCUGCCAUCCAUAAAAUCAAUCCUUUUCUUCUCUCUGCCAUCCAGUAAAAUCACAAUCCCUUUUUUCUCUCUGCCAUCCAGUAAAAUCUUUUUCUUCUUCUCUGCCAUCCAUUUUUCUUUUCUCUGCCAUCCUUUUCCUUUUCUCUCUGCCAUCCAGUUUCUUUUCUUCUCUCUGCCAUCCAGUAAAAUCACUCUUUCUUCUCUCUGCCAUCCAGUAAAAUCACAAUCCCUUUUCUUCUCUCUGCCAUCCAUAAAAUCACAAUCCCUUUUCUUCUCUCUGCCAUCCAGUAAAAUCACAAACUUUUUUUCUCUCUGCCAUCCAGUAAAAUCUCUCUGUCUUUUUUCUCUGCCAUCCAGUAAAAAUCACAAACCUUUUUUCUUCUCUCUGCCAUCCAUAAAAUUCUCUCUGCCAUCAGUAAAAUCACAAUCCCUUUUUUUCUCUCUGCCAUCCAGUAAAAAUCACAAUCCCUUUUCUUCUCUCUGCCAUCCAGUAAAAUUUCUGCCAUUUUCUUCUUUUCUUCUGCCAUCCAUAAAAAUCACAAUCCUUUUCUUCUCUCUGCCAUUUAAAAAAAAUCACAAUCCCUUUUCUUCUCUCUGCCAUCCAGUAAAAUCACAAACCCUUUUUCUCUCUCUGCCAUCCAGUAAAAUCUCAAUCCUUUUCUUUCUCUGCCAUCCAGUAAAAUCACAAUUUUUUUUUCUCUGCCAUCCAGUAAAAUCACAAACUUUUCUUUUCUUCUCUCUGCCAUCCAGUAAAAUCACAAUCCCUUUUCUUUCAUCCAGUUCUCUCUGCCAUCCAGUAAAAUCACAAUCCUUUUCUUUCUCUGCCAUCCAGUCUUUUCUUCUCUCUGCCAUCCAUAAAAUCACAAUCCUUUUUUCUCUCUGCCAUCCAGUAAAAUCACAAUCCUUUUCUUCUCUCUGCCAUCCAGUAAAAUCACUCCCUCUUUUCUUCUUCUGCCAUCCAGUAAAAUCACAAACCCUUUUCUUUCUUUUUCUUUUUCUCUCUGCCAUCCAUAAAAUCACAAAACCCUUUUCUUCUCUCUGCCAUCCAGUAAAAUCCAAACUGUUUUCUUCUCUCUGCCAUCCAGUAAAAUCACAAUCCCUUUUCUUCUCUUUAAAAAUCACAAUCCCUUUUUUCUCUCUGCCAUCCAGUAAAAUCACAAACCGUUUUCUUUCUCUGCCAUCCAUAAAAAUCAGUUUUCUUUCUCUCUGCCAUCCAGUAAAAUUCAAACUGUUUUCUUUCUCUGCCAUCCAUAAAAUCACAAACCCUUUUCUUUCUCUCUGCCAUCCAGUAAAAUCACAAUCCCUUUUCUUCUCUCUGCCAUCCAGUAAAAUCACAAUCUUUUUCUUUUCUUCUCUGCCUUUUUCGUUUUCUUUUCUCUGCCAUCCAGUAAAAUCACAAUCCCUUUUCUUCUCUGCCAUCCAUUUCUCUCUGUUUUUUUCUUCUCUGCCAUCCAUAAAAUCACAAACCUUUUCUUCUCUCUGCCAUCCAGUAAAAUCACAAUCCCUUUUCUUCUCUCUGCCAUCCAGUAAAAUCACAAUCCGUUUUUUCUUCUCUCUGCCAUCCAGUAAAAUCUGUCUUUUCUUCUCUCUGCCAUCCAGUAAAAUCACAAACCGUUUUUUCUUCUCUGCCAUCCAUCCCUUUUCUUCUCUUCCAUUCAAAAAUGCCUUUUUCUUCUCUCUGCCAUUUUCUUCUCUCUGCCAUCCAGUAAAAUCACUCCUUUUCUUCUCUCUGCCAUCCAUAAAAUUGCAAUCCUUUUCUUUCUUCUCUCUGCCAUCCAGUAAAAUCUCAAUCCUUUUCUUCUCUCUGCCAUCCAUAAAAUCACAAUCCUUUUCUUCUCUCUGCCAUCCAGUAAAAUCACAAUCCUUUUUUUCUCUGCCAUCCAGUAAAAUCACAAUCCCUUUUCUUCUCUCUGCCAUCCAGUUUUCCUCUUUUUUCCCUCUUUCUCCUUUUUUUUUUUGCCAUCCCACAAACUCUUUUCUUCUCUCUGCCAUCCAUAAAAUCACAAACCUUUUCUUUUCUCUGCCAUCCAGUAAAAUCACAAUCCUUUUUCUUUCUCUGCCAUCCAGUAAAAUCACAAUGUCUUUCUUCUCUCUGCCAUCCAGUAAAAUCACAAACCCUUUUCUUCUCUCUGCCAUCCAUAAAAUCUUUUUUUUCUCUCUGCCAUCCAGUAAAAUCACAAACCCUUUUUUCUCUCUGCCAUCCAGUAAAAUCCACCCCCUUUUCUUCUCUCUGCCAUCCAGUAAAAUCACAAUCCUUUUCUUCUCUCUGCCAUCCAGUAAAAUCUUUUUCUUCUCUCUGCCAUCCAGUAAAAUCACAACCUUUUCUGUUUUUUCUCUCUGCCAUCCAGUAAAAUCACAAACCUUUUCUUCUCUCUGCCAUCCAGUAAAAUCACAAACCUUUUUUUCUCUCUGCCAUCCAGUAAAAUCUUUUCUUUUCUUCUCUCUGCCAUCCAGUAAAAUCACAAUCUCUUUUCUUUCUCUGCCAUCCAGUAAAAUCACAAACCUUUUUUCUCUCUGCCAUCCUAAAAUCACAAUCCUUUUCUUCUCUCUGCCAUUUCAAAUCCCUUUUCUUCUCUCUGCCAUCCAUAAAAAUCCUCCUUUUUCUUCUCUCUGCCAUCCAGUAAAAUCUUCUCUCUGUUUUUUUCUCUCUGCCAUCAUAAAAUCACAAACCGUUUUCUUCUCUCUGCCAUCCAGUAAAAUCACAAACUCUUUUUUCUCUCUGCCAUCCAUAAAAUCACAAACCGUUUUCUUCUCUCUGCCAUCCAGUAAAAAUCUUUUCUUUCUCUGCCAUCCAGUCUUUUCUCAAUCCUUUUUUCUCUCUGCCAUCCAUAAAAUCACAAACUGUUUUCUUUCUGCCAUCUCUCUCCUUUUUUUUUCUCUGCCAUCCAUAAAAUCACAAUCCUUUCUUUUCUUCUCUCUUCUCCCAUCCUUUAAAAUUUCUUUCUUUUCUCUCUCUGCCUUUUCUUUUCUCAAUCAGUUUUCUUCUCCCUUUUCUUUUCUCUGCCAUCCAGUCUUUCACAAUCCUGUCUUUUUCUCUCUGCCAUCCAGUAAAAUCUCAAUCUUUUCUUCUCUCUGCCAUUGUCUUCUUUUUUUCUUCUCUCUGCCAUCCAGUAAAAUCACUCCGUUUUUCUUUUCUGCCAUUAAAAUCUCUGUCUUUUCUUCUCUCUGCCAUCUUUUCCCUCCACCUCUCUUUUCUUCUCUCUGCCAUCUUUUAAAAUUCUCUCUUUUUUCUUUUCAUCCAUCUUUUCUUUCUCCUUUUCUUCUCUCUGCCCCCUGUAAAAUCUUUUUUUCUCUCUGCCAUUUUUCUUUUCUCUUUUCUUUUCUGCUUUCUUUUCUCUGUCUUUUCCUUCCUUCUCUCUGCCAUCCAGUAAAAUCACAAUCUUUUCUUCUCUCUGCCAUUUUCUCCUCGAUCCUUUUUUUCUCUGCCAUUUUUAAAAUCUCUGUCUUUUUCUUCUCUCUGCCAUCUAAAAUCUUCUUUUUCUUCUCUCUGCCAUUUUUUUUUCUCUGUCUUUUUCUUUCUCUGUCUUUUCCUCCCCUGUCUUUUCUUUCUCUCCAUCUUUCUUUUCUUCCAAUCCCUUUUCUUCUCUCUGUCUUUUCUUCCUUGUCAAUCUUCUCUUUUCCUCUCUCUGUCUUAAAGAGGUAUCUCUCUGUCUUUUUUUUCUCUCUGUCUUUUUCUCUAAAAUCUGUCCCUUUUUUUCUCUGUCCAUUCACUUUUCUGUCUUUUUUUUUCUCUGCCUUUUCUCAAUCCCUUUUCUUCUCUCUGUCUUUUCUUCUCUCUGUCUUUUCUUUUUCUCUUCUUUUCUUUCUCUUGUCUUUUCUUUCCCCUUUUCUUUUGUCUUUUCUUCUCUCUGUUCUUUUCUUCUCUUUUCUUUUCUUCUCUCUUUGCCAUCUUUCCUCUUUCUCUUUCUUUUCCUCCUGUCUUUUCUUUUCUCUUUCUCAUUUUUCUCUGUCUUUUCUUUUCUCUCUCUGUCUUUUUCUCUCCUUUUCUUUUUCCUCCUCUUUUUCUUCUGUCUGUCUUUUCUUCUCUCUGUCUUUUCUCUCUCUGUCUUUUCUUUUCUCUUUCCCUCUUUUUCUUUUUCUCUGUCUUUUCUCCCUCUCUGUCUUUUCUUUUUCUCUUUCUUUUCUUUUCCCUUUUCUUUUCUCUCCUUGUCUUUUCCUCCCCUUGUCUUCUCUCUUCUCUUCUCUCUUCUUUUUUUCUCUCUGUCUUUCUUUCCCUUUCCUUUUCUUUCUCCCCCUUUUGUUUUCUUCUCUCUGUCUUUUCUUCUCUCUUGUCUUUUCUUUCUUUUCUCCCCCUUUCUUUUCUUCUCUCUGUCUUUCCUUUUCCCUUUCUUUUCUUCUCUCUGUCUUUUUUUCUUUUUCUCUUUCUUUUUUCUGUUUAACGUGUUUUCUUUGUCUUUUCUUCUCUCCCUUUUCUGUCUCUUUUUUUUUUCUGUCUCUGUCUUUUUUUCCUCCCUUCUUUUUCUUCUCUCUGUCUUUUCUUUUUCUCUGUCUUUUCCUCUCCUUGUCUUUUCCUCCCCCUGUCUUUUCUUCUCUCUGUCUUUUACUUUUCUCUCUCUUUUCUUUUCUCUCUUUCUUUUCUUUCUUUUCCUCUCCUUGUCUUUUCCUCCCCUUUUCUUUUCUUCUUCUUUUUCUCUCUGUCUUUUCUUUUCUCUGUCUUUUCCUCUCCUUGUCUUUUCCUCUCCUUGUCUCUCUUUUCUUCUCUCUGUCUUUUCUUUUCUCUUUCUUUUCUUUCUCUGUCUUUUUCUUUUCCUUGUCUUUUCUUCCCCUGUCUUUUCUUCUCUCUCUCUCUUUUCUUCUCUCUGUCUUUUCUUCUCUUUUUCUUUCCUUUUCUUUUCCUCUCCUUGUCUUUCCUCCCCCUCUCUGUCUUUUCUUUUCUCUGUCUUUUCUUCUCUCUGUCUUUUCUUUUCUCUGUCUUUUCCUCUCCUUGUCUUUUCCUCCCCUGUCUUUUCUUCUCUCUGUCUUUUCUUUUCUCUGUCUUUUCUUCUCUCUGUCUUUUCUUUUCUCUGUCUUUUCCUCUCCUUGUCUUUUCCUCCCCCUGUCUUUUCUUCUCUCUGUCUUUUUUCUCUUUUUCCUUUCUUUGUCUUUUUCUCUCUGUCUUUUCUUCUCCCCUUCUUUUCUUCUCUCUGUCUUUUCUCUUUCUUUUCCUCUCCUUUUCUUUUUUCUCUGUCUUUUCUUCUCUCUGUCUUUUCUUUUCUCUCUUCCUCUUUCUUUUCUCCCCUGUCUUUUUUCUCUUUUCUUUUCUUUUCUUGUCUUUUCCUUUCUCUGUCUUUUUCUUCUCUCUGUCUUUUUCUCUUUUCUUGUCUUUUCUCUCCUCUGUCUUUUUCUUCUCUCUGUCUUUUCUUUUCUCUGUCUUUUUCCUCUCUUUUGUCUUUUCUCUCCCUGUCUUUUCUUCUCUCUGUCUUUUCUUUUCUCUGUCUUUUCUUCUCUCUUGUCUUUUCUCUCCCCCUUUUCUUUUCUCUCUGUCUUUUCUUCUCUCUGUCUUUUUUCCUUUCUGUCUUUUCCUCUCCUUUUCUCUUUUUUCUCUCUCUGUCUUUUCUUUCUCUCUUCUCUUCUUUUCUCUCUGUCUUUUCUUUUCUCUCUCUUUUUUUUUCUUUUUCUUUUCCUCUCCUUGUCUUUUCUUCUCUCUGUCUUUUCUUCUCUCUGUCUUUUCUUCUCUCUGUCUCUUUUCUUUUUCUCUGUCUUUUCCCUCUCCUUGUCUUUUCCUCCCUUGUCUUUUCAUUUCUUCUCUUUCUUUUUCUUUUCUCUCUUCUUUUCUUUUUCUUUUCUUUCUCUUUUUUUCUUUCUUUUCUCUUUCUCCUCUUGUCUUUCUUCUCUCUGUCUUUUCUUCUCUCUUCUUUCUUCUUCUCUGUCUUUUCUUUUCUCUUUCUUUUUCCUCUCCUUUUCUUUUCUUUCCUUUUUCUUUUUUUCUCUCUUUCUUUUCUUUUCUCUGUCUUUUUCUUCUCUCUUGUCUUUUCCUCUCCUUGUCUUUCUUCUCUCUGUCUUUUCUUCUCUCUGUCUUUUCUUUUCUCUGUCUCUUUGUUUUCUCUUUCUUUUCCUCUCUUUGUCUUUUCUCCCCUGUCUUUUCUUCUCUCUGUCUUUUCUUUUCUCUCUUUCUUUUCUCUUUCUUUUUUUCUUCUUUUCUUUUCUCUUUCUUUUUUGUCUUUUCUUUUCUUUUCUCUGUCUUUUCUUUUCUUUUCUGUCUUUUCUUCUCUCUCUUGUCUUUUUCUUUUUUUCCUGUCUUUUCUUUUCCUCUCCUUGUCUUUUCCUCCCCUGUCUUUUUUUCUCUGUCUUUUUUUUUCUCUUUUUUCUUUCUCUGUCUUUUCUUUUCUCUGUCUUUUCUCUCUCCCUUGUCUUUUCUUUUUUGUUUCUUUCUUUUUCUUCUCUUUCUCUUUCUUUUCUCUGUCUUUUCUUCUCUCUGUCUUUUCUUUUCUUUCUUCUCUUUUUCUUUUCUGUCUUUUUCUUUCUCUCUUUUUCUUUCUCUCUUUGUCUUUUCUUCUCUCUGUCUUUUUCUUCUCUCUCUGUUUUGUCUUUUUCUUUUCUCUCUCUUUUUCUCUCUUUGUCUUUCUUUUCUCUGUCUUUUUUUCUUCUUCUGUCUUUCUUUUCUUUUUCUUUUUCUUCUCUCUGUCUUUUCUUUUUCUCUGUCUUUUUUUUCUCUUUUCUUUUCUUCUCUCUGUCUUUUCCUUCCAUUGUCUUUCUCUCUCUUGUCUUUUCUUUCUCUGUCUUUUCUUCUUCUGUCUUUUUUUUUUUCUUUUUCUUUUUUUUCUCUCUUGUCUUUUUUUUCUCUCUCUUUUUUUCUCCUUGUCUUUUCUCUCUCUCUGUCUUUUCUUCUCUCUGUCUUUUCUUCUCUCUGUCUUUUCUUUUCUCUCUCUCUUUUCCUUUUCUUGUCUUUCCUUCUCUCUGUCUUUUCUUCUCUCUCUCUUUCUUUUCUCUUUCUUUUCUUUUCUCUGUCUUUUCUUUUCUUUUCUUUUCUCUCUCUUUCUUCUCUCUGUCUUUUUCUUUCUCUCUGUCUUUUUCUCUCUCUUUGUCUUUCCUCCCUUGUCUUUUCUUCUCUCUGUCUUUUCUUUUCUCUGUCUUUUCUUUUCUCUUUUCUUUCUUUUUAGACUCUUUUCUUUUUCUCUUGUCUUUUUUUCUGUCUUUUCUUUUGUCUUUUCUCUCUUUGUCUCUUUUCUUUUUUCUCUCUGUCUUUUCUUUUUCUCUCUUUCUUUUCUCUUUUCUUUUCUCUUUCUCUCUUUCUUUUCUCUUUCCUUUUCUUUUCCUCCCCCUGUCUUUUCUUUCUCUCUGUCUUUUCUUUUCUCUUUCUUUUCUUCUCUCUGUCUUUUCUUUUCUCUGUCUUUUCCUCUCCCUGUCUUUUCUUCUCUCUGUCUUUUCUUCUCUCUGUCUUUUCUUCUCUCUGUCUUUUCUUUUCUCUGUCUUUUCCUCUCCUUGUCUUUUCCUCCCCCUGUCUUUUCUUCUCUCUGUCUUUUCUUCUCUCUGUCUUUUCUUCUCUCUGUCUUUCUCUUUUUUCUUUUCCUUUUUCCUCUCCCCUGUCUUUUUCUUCUCUCUGUCUUUUCUGUCUUUUUUUUCUUUUUCUUUUUUUCUCUGUGUUUUUCUUUCUCUCUGUUUUUUUCUUCUCUCUUUUGUUUUUUUCUUUUCCUCUUGUCUUUUCCUUUGUCUUUUCUUCUCUCUGUCUUUUCUUUCUGUCUUUCUUUUUCUUUUCUUUUCUUUUCCUCUCCUCUGUCUUUUCUUCCUCUGUCUUUUUUCUCUCUGUCUUUUCUUCUCUCUCUUUUCUUUUCUCUGUUUUUUCCUCUCCUUGUCUUUUCCUUUUUCCCCUGUCUUUUCUUUUCUCUGUCUUUUCUUUUCUCUUUCUUUUCCUUGUCUUUCCUCUCCUUGUCUUUUCCUUCCCCCUUUUCCUCUGUCUUUUCCUUUUUGUCUUUUCUCUCCCUGUCUUUUCUUCUCUCUUGUCUUUUCUUUUCUCUGUCUUUUCCUCUCUCUGUCUUUUCUUCCCCUGUCUUUUCUUUUCUCUGUCUUUCUUUCUCUCUUGUCUUUUUUCCUCCUUUCUUUUCCUUUUCUUUUUCCUCCCCCUGUCAUUUCUUUUCCUCUCUGUCUUUUCUUUUUCUCUGUCUUUCCUCUCCUUGUCUUUUUCUUUCCCUGUCUUUUCUUCUCUCUGUCUUUGCUUUUCCCUUUCUUUUCUUUUCUCUGUCUUUUCUUUUCUCUGUCUUUUCCUCUCCUUGUCUUUUCCUCCCCCUGUCUUUUCUUCUCUCUGUCUUUUCUUCUCUCUGUCUUUUCUUUUCUCUGUCUUUUCUUUUCUCUGUCUUUUCCUCUCCUUGUCUUUUCCUCUGUCUUUCUUCUUUUCUUUUUUUCUCUUUCUUUUCUUUCUCUGUCUUUGAGAUCUUUCUUUUCUUCUCUUUUCCUUCUCUCUCCUUGUCUUUUCCUCCCUUCUCUGUCUUUUUUUUUCUCUCUGUCUUUUCUUUUCUCUGUCUUUUUUCCUCUCCUUGUCUUUUCCUCCCCCUGUCUUUUCUUUUCUCUGUCUUUUCUUUUCUCUGUCUUUCCUCUCCUUGUCUUUUUCCCUGUCUUUUUCUUCUCUCUGUCUUUUCUCUCUUUCUGUCUUUUUUUUCUCCUCUGUUUUCUUUUCUCUGUCUUUUCUUUUCUCUGUCUUUUUCUUUUCUCUGUCUUUUCCUCUCCUCUGUCUUUCCUCCCCUGUCUUUUCUUUCUCUCUGUCUUUUCUUUUCUCUGUCUUUUUCCUCUCCUUGUCUUUUCCUCCAUGUCUUUUUCUUUCUCUCUGUCUUUUCUUUUCUCUGUCUUUUCUUUUCUCUCUGUCUUUUCUUUUCUCCCCUGUCUUUCUCUUCUUUCUUUCCCUGUCUUUUCUUCUCUCUGUCUUUUUCUUUUCUCUGUUUUUUUCUUUUCUCUGUCUUUUUCUUUUCUUGUCUUUUCCUCUCCUUGUCUUCAGACCCUCCUGUCUUUUCUUCUCUCUGUCUUUUUUUUUCCUGUCUUUUUUUCUUUUCUCUGUCUUUUUUUUCUGUCUUUUCUCUCUCUCUGUCUUUUCCUCCCUCUGUCUUUUUUUUUCUCUGUCUUUUUCUUUUCUGUCUCUUUCUUUUCUCUGUCUUUUCUUUUCCUUUUCUGUCUUUUUUUUCUCUGUCUUUUCUUUUCUCUGUCUUUUCUUCUCUCUGUCUUUUCUUUUUCUCUGUCUUUUUCCUCUCUCUGUCUUUCUUUUCUCUGUCUUUUUCUUCUCUCUUUUUUCCUCCCCUGUUUUUUUUUCUCUCUUUUUCUUUUCUCUGUCUUUUCUCUCCUUGUCUUUUCCUCUCCUUGUUUUCUUCUCUCUGUCUUUUUUCUCUCUGUCUUUUCUCCUCUCUGUCUUUUUCCUCUCUUUCUUUCUUUUUUCUCUGUCCCCUUUCUUUUUUCUCUCUUUCUUUUUUUUUCUUUUCCUCUCCUUGUCUUUUCCUCCCCCUGUCAUUUCUUUUCUCUGUCUUUUCUUUUCUCUGUCUUUUCCUCUCCUUGUCUUUUCCUCCCCCUGUCUUUUCUUCUCUCUGUCUUUGCUUUUCCCUUUCUUUUCUUUUCUCUGUCUUUUCUUUUCUCUGUCUUUUCCUCUCCUUGUCUUUUCCUCCCCUGUCUUUUCUUCUCUCUGUCUUUUCUUUUCUCUGUCUUUUCCUCUCCUUGUCUUUUCCUCCCCUGUCUUUUCUUCUCUCUGUCUUUUCUUUUCUCUUUCUUUUUUUCUCUCCUUUUCUUUUUCUCUGUCUUUUUUCUUCUCCUUGUCUUUUUUUCUUCUCUCUGUCUUUUCUUCUCUCUGUCUUUUUCUUCUCCUCUGUCUUUUCCUCCCCCUUGUCUUUUUUCUCUGUCUUUUCUUUUCUGUCUUUUCUGUCUUUGUCUUUUCCCCUUGUCUUUCUUUUCUCUGUCUUUUUCUUUUCUCUGUCUUUUCUUCUCUCCUUGGAUUUUUCUUGUCUUUUCUUUUUCUCUCUCUGUCUUUUCUUUUCUCUGUCUUUUCUUUUCCUUGUCUUUUCCCUCCUCCUGUCUUUUCUUUUUCUCUGUCUUUCUUUCUCUCUGUCUUUUUCUUCUCUUCUGUCUUUUUCUUUUUCUUUUCUCCUCUCUUUUCUUUUUCUCUGUCUUUUCCUCUCCUUGUCUUUUUCCCAGUUUUUCUUCUCUCUGUCUUUUCUUUUCUCUGUCUUUUCCCUCUCCUUGUCUUUUCCUCCCCUGUCUUUUCUUCUCUCUGUCUUUUCUUUCUUUUUCCUCUCCUUUUCUUUUCUCUGUCUUUUCUUCUCUCUUUCUUUUCCCUUUUCUCUGUCUUUUCUUCUUUCUGUCUUUUCCUUCUGUCUUUCCUUUUGAUUCUCUGUCUUUUCUUUUCUCUGUCUUUUCCUCUCCUUGUCUUUUCCUCCCCCUGUCUUUUCUUCUCUCUGUCUUUGCUUUUCCCUUUCUUUUCUUUUCUCUGUCUUUUCUUUUCUCUGUCUUUUCCUCUCCUUGUCUUUUCCUCCCCCUGUCUUUUCUUCUCUCUGUCUUUUCUUUUCUCUGUCUUUUCUUUUCUCUGUCUUUUCCUCUCCUGUCUUUUCUUCUCUCUUUUCUUCUCUGUCUUUUCUUUCCUUUUCUUUUCUUCUCUCUGUCUUUUCUUCUCUCUGUCUUUUCUUCUCUCUGUCUUUUCUUCUCUCUGUCUUUUCUUCUCUCUGUCUUUUUCCCUCUUUCUCUCUGUCUUUUCUUCCCUCUGUCUUUUCUUCUCUCUGUCUCCCCUGUUUUUUCUCUGUCUUUUCCUUUCUCUUGUCUUUUCCUCCCUCUGUCUUUUCUCUCUCUGUCUUUUCUUUUGUCUUUUUUCUUUUCUCUUCUUUUCUUUUCUCUCUGUCUUUUCUUUUCUCUGUCUUUUUUCCUCUCUCUCUUUUCCUCUCCCUGUCUUUUCUUCUCUCUGUCUUUUCUUUUCUCUGUCUUUUCCUCUCCUUGUCUUUUCCUCUCCUUGUCUUUUCUUCUCUCUGUCUUUUCUUCUCUCUGUCUUUUCUUCUCCUUGUCUUUUUCUCCUCCCCUUGUCUUUUCUUCUCCCUGUCUUUUCUUUUCUCCUUUUUUUUUCUUCUCUGUCUUUUUCUUUCUCUGUCUUUUUUUCUCUCUUGUCUUUUCUUCUCUCCUUUAUUUUUCUCUUCUUCUUUCUCUGUCUUUUCUUCUCUCUGUCUUUUUUCUCUUUCUUUUCUCUUUUCUUUUCUUUUCUUUCUCCUGUCUUUUCUUUUCUCUGUCUUUUCUUCUCUCUUGUCUUUUGCUUCUCCUCUUUUCUUCUCUCUGUCUUUUCUUUUCUCUUUUCCUCUCCUUGUCUUUUCCUCCCCUGUCUUUUCUUCUCUCUGUCUUUUCUUUUCUCUGUCUUUUUUCCUCUGUCUUUUCUUUUCUCUGUCUUUUUCUCUCUGUCCCCCUUUCUUUUUCUUCUUUCUUUCUUUUCUUCUCUCUGUCUUUUCUUUUCUCUGUCUUUUUCCUCUCCUUGUCUUUUCCUCCCCCUGUCUUUUCUUCUCUCUGUCUUUUUCUUCUCUCUUUCUUUCUUUCUCUCUGUCUUUUCUUCUCUUUGUCUUUUUCUCUUUCUGUCUCUGUCUUUUUUUUUCUCUCUGUCUUUUCUUUUCUCUGUCUUUUCUUUUCUUUUUCUUUUCUUUUCUUUCUCUUGUCUUUCUCUCUUUUCUUCUUUUUCUCUGUUUUUUCUCUCUUUCUUUUCUUUUUUCUCUGUCUUUUCCUCUCCCUGUCUUUUCUUUUCUUCUGUCUUUUCUCUCUCUUCUUUCUUCUCUCUGUCUUUUCUCCUCUCUGUCUUUUCUUUUCUCUGUCUUUUCUUUUCUCUGUCUUUUUCUCUCUGUCUUUUCUUUUCUCUGUCUUUCUCUCUGUCUUUUCCCUCUCCUUGUCUUUUCUUCUCUCUGUCUUUUUUUUUUCUCUGUCUUUUCUUUUUCUUUUUUUCUCUUUUUUUCUUUUCCUCCUUGUCUUUUCUUCUUCUGUCUUUUCUUCUCUGUCUUUUCUUUUUCUCUUCUCUCUUUCUUUUUGUCUUCUUUUCUCUGUCUUUUUUUUCUCUCUUUUCUUCUCUUCUUUUCUCUUUCUUUUCUUUCUUUUUCUGUCUUUUCCUCUCCUUGUCUUUUCCUCCCCUGUCUUUUCUUCUCUCUGUCUUUUCUUCUCUCUGUCUUUUCUUCUCUCUGUCUUUUCUUUUCUCUGUCCUUUCCUCUCCUUGUCUUUUCCUCCCCCUGUCAUUUCUUUUCUCUGUCUUUGCUUUUCUCUGUCUUUUCCUCUCCUUGUCUUUUCCUCUCCUUGUCUUUUCCUCCUCCUGUCUUUUCUUCUCUCUGUCUUUGCUUUUCCCUUUCUUUUCUUUUCUCUGUCUUUUUCCUCCUCCUGUCUUUUUUCUCUGUCUUUUUCCCCUCUCUUUUCUUUCUUCUCUUUUCUUUUCUUUUUUUUCUUUCUUCUCUGUCUUUUUCUCUGUCUUUUUUCUCUCUCUUUGCUCCCUCUUUUCUUUUUCUUUUCUUUUUCUUCUCUCUGUCUUUUCUUUUCUCUGUCUUUUCUUUUCUCUGUCUUUUCCUCUCCUUGUCUUUUCCUCCCCCUGUCUUUUCUUCUCUCUGUCUUUUCUUCUCUCUGUCUUUUCUUUUCUCUGUCUUUUCCUCUCCUUGUCUUUUUCUUCUCUCUGUCUUUUCUUCUCUCUGUCUUUUCUUUUCUCUGUCUUUUCUUCUCUCUGUCUUUUCUUCUCUCUGUCUUUUCUUCCUCUGUCUUUUCUUUCUCUGUCUUUUCUUUUCUCUGUCUUUUCUUCUUUUCUCCCCUUUCUUUCCUUCCCUGUCUUUUCUUUUUCUGUCUUUUCUUUUCUCUGUCUUUUCUUUUCCUUGUCUUUUCCUCUCCCCUCCCUUUCUUUCUUUUCUCUGUCUUUUCUUCUUUCUUUUCUUUUCUUCUCUCCCUUUUCUUUUCCUGUCUUUUUUUCUCUCUCUUUCCUCCCUUUUCUGUCUUUUCUUUUUUUCUCUGUUUUUUCUUUUCUCUGUCUUUUCCUCUCCUUGUCUUUUUCCUCCCCUGUCUUUUCUUUCUCUGUCUUUUCUUUUCUCUGUCUUUUCUUUUCUCUUUCUUCCCCUGUCUUUUUCUUCUCUCUGUCUUUCUUUUCUCUUCUUUUCCUUCUGUUUUCUUUUUCUCCCCCUGUCUUUUCUUUCUUCUUUUUUCUCUCUUUUCUUUUCUCUCUCUUUUCCUCUCCUUGUCUUUUUCCCCUGUCUUUUCUUCUCUGUCUUUGCUUUUCCCUUUGUCUUUCUUUUCUCUGUCUUUUCUUUUCUCAUUUUUGUCUUUUCUUUUCCCCUUGUCUUUUCUUCUCUCUGUCUUUCUUCUUCUCUUCUUCUUUUCUCUUUUCCCUUGUUUUUUUUCUCUUUUCUUUCUCCUUUUCUUUUCCCCCUGUCAUUUCUUCUCUCUGUCUUUUCUUUUCUCUGUCUUUUUCCUCUCCUUGUCUUUUUCCUCCCCUGUCUUUUCUUCUCUCUGUCUUUGCUUUUUCUUUUCAUUCCUCUUUCCUUUUUUCUUUUUGUCCCUCUCUUUUCUCUUUUCUCCCCUGUCUUUUCUUCUCUCUCUUUUUUCUUUUCUCUGUCUUUUCUCUUUUCUCUGUCUUUUCUCUGGUUUUUUCUGUUUGUCUUUUCCUCCCCUUUCAUUUCUUCUCUCUGUCUUUUCUUUUCUCUGUCUUUUCCUCUCCUUGUCUUUUCCUCCCCCUGUCUUUUCUUUUCUCUGUCUUUUCUUUUCUCUGUCUUUUCUCUCUUGUCUUUUCCUUUUCUUUUCCCUCUCUUUUCUUCUCUCUGUCUUUCCUCUCCUUGUCUUUUCCUUUUCUUUUCUUCUCUCUUUUUCUUUUUCUCUGUCUUUUCCUCUCCUUGUCUUUUCCUCCCUGUCUUUUUUCUCUCUCUCUUUUUUCUUUUCUCUGUCUUUUCUUCUCUCUGUCUUUUCCUUUCCUCUGUCUUUUCUUUCUCUGUCUUUUCUUUUCUCUGUCUUUUCCUCUCCUUGUCUUUUCCUCCCCCUGUCUUUUCUUUUCUCUGUCUUUUCUUUUCUCUGUCUUUUCCUCUCCUUGUCUUUUCCUCCCCUGUCUUUUCUUCUCUCUGUCUUUUCUUUUCUCUGUCUUUUCCUCUCCUUGUCUUUUCCUCCCCUGUCUUUUCUUCUCUCUGUCUUUUCUUUUCUCUGUCUUUUCCUCUCCUUGUCUUUUCCUCCCCCUGUCUUUUCUUCUCUCUGUCUUUUCUUUUCUCUGUCUUUUCCUCUCCUUGUCUUUUUCCUUCUCUGUCUUUUCUCUCUGUCUUUCUUCUCUCUGUCUUUUUCUCUUUCUUUUCUUUUUCUCUUUCUUUUUUUCUUCUCUCUGUCUUUUCUUUUGUCUUUUCUUUUCUUCUGUCUGUUUCUUUUCUCUGUCUUUUCUUCUCCUUGUCUUUUCUCCCCUGUCUUUUCUUCUCUCUGUCUUUUCUUUUCUCUGUCUUUUCCUCUCCUUUUCUUUUCCUCCCCUCUCUUUCUUUUCUCUGUCUUUUCUCUUUCUUUCUUUUUUUCUCUGUCUUUUCUGUCUUUUCUUCUCUGUCUUUUCUUUUUCUUUUCCUCUUUUCUUGUCUUUUCCUCCCCCUCUCUUUCUUCUCUCUCUGUCUUUUCUUUUCUCUGUCUUUUCUUUCUUGUCUUUUCCUCCUCCUUGUCUUUUUCCCUUCUCUCUCUCUUUCUUUUCUCUGUCUUUUCUCUCCUUGUCUUUUCCUCCCCCUGUCUUUUCUUCUCUCUGUCUUUUCUUUUUCUCUGUCUUUUCUUUCUCUCUGUCUUUUUUCUUUUCUCUGUCUUUUUUUCUCUCUUGUCUUUUCCUCCCCCUGUCUUUUCUUCUCUCUGUCUUUUUUUUUCUCUUUUUCUCUCUCUGUCUUUUCUUUUCUCUGUCUUUUCUCUCUGUCUCUUUCUUUUCUUUUCCUCUGUCUUUUCUUUCUCUGUCUUUUCUUCUCUCUGUCUUUUCUCCCCUCUCUUUCUUCUCUUCUUUCUUUUUUCUUUUUUUUCCUUUUUUUCCUCCCCCUUCUUUUCUUCUCUCUCUUUUUUUCUGUCUUUUCUCUCCCUUGUCUUUUUCCCCUGUCUUUUCUUCUCUCUGUCUUUUCUUUUUCUCUGUCUUUUCCUCUCCUUCUCUUUCUCCCUGUCUUUCUUUUCUCUUCCUCUUUUCUUUUCCUUUUCAUCUUGUCUUUUUUUCUUUCUCUUCUUUUUCCUCUGUCUUUUUUUCUCUGUCUUUUCUCUGUCUUUGCUUUUCUCUGUCUUUUUCUUUCUCUUUUUCUUUUCUUUUCUUCUCUCUGUCUUUUCUUUUCUCUGUCUUUUUUCUCUCUGUCUUGUCUUUUCUCUUCUCUGUCUUUUCUUUUCCCUGUCUUUUCUUCUCUCUGUCUUUUCUUUUCUCUGUCUUUUCCUCUCCUUGUCUUUUCCUCCCCUUUUCUUUUUCUUCUCUCUGUCUUUUCUUUUCUUUCUUUUUCUUUUCUCUGUCUUUUCUUUUCUCCCUUUUGUCUUUUCUUCUCUCUUUUCCUUUGUCUUUUCUUCUCUGUUCUUCUCUCUGUCUCUUUUUUUCUCUGUCUUUUCCUCUCCCCUGUCUUUUUUCCUCUGUCUUUUCUUUUCUGUCUUUUGUCUUUGUCUUUUCUCUCUGUCUUUUCUUUCUCUCUUUUCUUUUCCUGUCUUUUCCUUUCUCUCUUUUCUCCCCUGUCUUUUCUUCUCUCUGUCUUUUCUUUUCUCUGUCUUUUCUUUCUCUCUUGUCUUUUCCUCCCCCCUGUUUUUUUCCUCUCUCUGUCUUUUCUCUUCUCUCUGUCUUUUCUUUCUCUCUGUCUUUUCCUCUCUCUUUUCUCUUUUCUCUCCCUUUUCUUUUUUCUUCUCUUUUCUUUUUUUCUCUGUCUUUUCUUCUCUCUGUCUUUUCCUUUCUGUCUUUUCCUCUCCUUGUCUUUUCUUCUCCCUGUCUUUUUUUUUCUCUCUCUUGUCUUUUCUUUCUCUUCUUUUCUUUCCCUGUCUUUCUUUCUCUGUCUUUUUCUCUUUCUUUUCUUUCCUCUCUGUCUUUUCUUUUUCUUUUCUUUUCUCUGUCUUUUCCUCUCCUUGUCUUUUCCUCCCCUGUCUUUUCUUUCUCUCUCUUUUCUUUCUCUCUGUCUUUUCUUCUCUCUUUUCUCUGUCUUUUCCUCCCCUCUUUCUUCUCUCUUUUUUCUCCCCUGUCUUUUCUUUUCUCUGUCUUUCUUUUCUCCCUUUCUUUUCUUUUCUCUGUCUUUUUCUUUUCUCUGUCUUUCUCUGUCUUUUCUCCCUUUCCCUUUCUGUCUUUUCUUUUCUCUGUCUUUUCUUUUCUCUUCUUUUCUUUUCUUCUCUCUGUCUUUUCUUUUCUCUGUCUUUCUUCUCUCUUGUCUUUUCCUCUCUGUCUUUUCUUCUCUUGUCUUUUCUUUUCUUCUCUCUUUCUUUCUCUGUCUUUUCUUUCUCUGUCUUUUCCUCUCCUUGUCUUUUCCUCCCCUUUCUUUCUUCUCUCUCUUUUCUUUCUUUUUCUUUUCUCUGUCUUUUUCUUCUCUCUGUCUUUUUCUCCUCUUUUCCCUGUCUUUUCUUCUCUCUGUCUUUUCUUCUCUCUGUCUUUCUUUUCUCUGUCUUUUCUCUUCCUCUCUGUCUUUUCCUCUUUCUCUUUUCUUCUCUUGUCUUUUUCUUUCUGUUUUCUUUUCUUUCUUUCCUCUGUCUUUUCUUCUCUCUGUCUUUUUUCUCUGUCUUUCUCUGUCUUUUCCUCCCUUUCUUUUUUUUCUCUCUGUCUUUUCUUUUCUCUCUGUUUUCUUCUCUCUGUCUUUUCUUCUCUCUCUUUGUUUUUCUUUUUUCUCUUUUCUUUUCUUUCUCUCUUGUCUUUUCCUCCCCUCUUUUCUUUCUCUGUCUUUUCUUUUCUCUGUCUUUUUUUCUCUCUGUCUUUUCUUUUCUCUGUCUUUUUUUCUUUCUCUGUCUUUUCUUCUCUCUGUCUUUUCCUCUCUCUUGUCUUUUCCUUUUCUCUGUCUUUUCUUUUCUCUGUCUUUUCCUCUGUCUUUUCUUUUCUCCCCUCUUCUUUUUUUUCUCUCUGUCUUUUCUUCUCUCUGUCUUUUUUUCUUUUCUUUUUCUCUCUCUUUUCUUUUCUCUGUCUUUUUUUUUCUCUCCUCUGUCUUUUCUUCUCUCUGUCUUUUCUUUUUCUGUGUUUUCUUCUUUUCUCUCUUUUUCCUCUCCUUGUCUUUUCCCUUUCUUUUCUUCUCUCUGUCUUUUCUUUUCUCUGUCUUUUCCUUUCCUCUUUUCCUUGUCUUUUCUUCCCUCUGUCUUUUCUUUUCUCUCUUUCCUUCUUGUCUUUUUCCCUUUCUUUUCUUUUCUCUGUCUUUUCUUUUCUCUUUCUUUUUUUCUCCUCUUGUCUUUUCCUCUCCUGUCUUUUCUUCUCUCUGUCUUUUCUUUUCUCUGUCUUUUCUUUUCUCUGUCUUCUCCUUUUCCUCCCCUGUCUUUUCUUCUCUCUGUCUUUGCUUUUCUCUUUCUUUUUCUUUUCCUCUCCUUGUCUUUUUUUCCCCUGUCUUUCUUCUCUCUGUCUUUUCUUUUUUCUGUCUUUUCUUUUCUCUGUCUUUUCUUUUCUCUCUCUUUUCUUCCCUCUGUCUUUUCUUUUUCCUGUCUCUUUUUCUCUCUUGACAAUGAGGCGGGAUUGUCUCUUUCAUGGCUGAACGCAAUAUGUAAACAGAUUCUUGUCAAUACUGAUAUCAUUGUGCACAAUUCUUAUAUUUACAUCUAUCUAUCUAUCUAUCUAUUUGAUUAG